CGUGGGGCUGGUGCGCUGGAAUGCGCCUGGGAGUGUCCCUGCUCAGACACGGGGCGAUGCGUGGCGAGAGCUGCCUGCUGCACUGGGAGCCCCCACAGCCCCAGAACCUCAGGACUCGCCCCCAGGCUGCGUGGAGAGAGCAGGGGCUGGGAUCGGCCCAUGCGGCAGGCAAACCCCCCAAUGCUUCCCUCUCCAGCCCGGCGCUCCCGUUCGGGGAGGUCUCAGCAGAUGGGAUGGAAAACCCCAGCUCCAGCCCGUUAGCUGCUGUGCUGUUAAUUUGCUACAUCUGGUCGCCGGGGAUGGGACUUGCUCAGUUUUUAUCUCCCCGAGCUUCUGCCUCGAGCGCCAGCCCCAUGCGGUGAAAGGACACCGUAAAUACUGCCAAGCCAAGCACACACGCGGCCAAGAGGGGAGCGAAAUCAGAGUGGGAACGAAGCUGCCGCAGAAGCCUCAGGCGCAUUCAGAAGCCAAAUGUGGCCACUGGAACCCCAAGCGUUGCUGUGAGCGCAGCCGUGCCGGAGAGACGGGCAGAAUGAAGCUGCAGGAGUCCACCGGCAGACCAUGGCACGUCUGAUCCCGGGCCAGUCUCAGCAGGGGGACCUGGACCCAGCCCAGAGACCCCUUCUCCUGCAGGGAGAUCUUAGCUCUGGCCCCCCUCCCCGGCACCCCUCACUUCUGGACUCGGAUUUCCCUUGGGAUAGUGUCAACUCUCCUGCUUCUAAGGUCAUGGUCGCUUUGGGGGCCUCUGGGGGAAAAUGAGUUGGAAGAAACCUCCCGGACUCAGCCAGCGUCGAGCAGAUGCUGCUGCAUGGAGCUGGCUAGGAGAGGGGUAGGGUGGGGGUGGGGUGAGGGGGGCGUGUGAGUGACAGACACUAACAUUCAUCCCCCUCAUCUGGAUUUGCUCCCAUGCAGAGAAGGAUUUUGGAGGAACCGAUGGAUUUACAGAGCCCGGACACUUGACAGAAUUAAUCUCAACCCGAGUGAUGGACAGUCAGAUGGCCAGAUAGCCCCGGCGCGGGCUACCCCAUAAGAAGUGAUGCAUCUCUUCCACUUCCCAUUGUUAGCAUGAGAACACAGCCUGGGUCCUACACAGAGGUACCGUUCCACAGAGACCCACCUCGCUGCCCCUAUAAGAAGGAAGGGGCUCUCCGAGGCACUGGAGAUGGCUGGAGGAUGCGACGCACUCAACAGCAGCCGUAGACCAUCAAACUUUUUCCCCUAGUGGUUUAAUUCCUCUCUGGGGGAAUCAUCUCUACGAGGCUGCCAGAAACCAGAAGAUUGGAGCCUUUCCUCCAGCAUUUUCAUAUUUCUGAGGAUGCCAACACUACUGCAAACGCAACUGUGACACGAGUUUUUCUUUAGGUUCUAUUUUUAGGGGUUGAGUUUCUAUACAUAUAUCUCUAUAUUUAUGUAUCUAUAGGUUUCUAUACGGCCAUAUCCACAGACACCCCAUCUUUCUUGCGCGCCGUGUGGCUGUGGAUAUAGCUUUCGAGAUACAACGAUUAAGCCAAAGAAUUUCUUGUAGGAUUCUCCUUGCAACAAGACUUUCUAGCGCAAUCAUUUUUUGUGCCCAGACAAACUUCUCUGGGGAAGUUUUGUACGAGCCACUGCCCUGCAGCCCAAACAAUGAGACCUGUGGCAUUAAUUGUAGGGUUUAAGACAUUGUGGGUUUUGGCAUUUUCGUCUCUUUCCAACACUCUGGCGGUGAAUAACAGUGGGAGAUGGUGGGGCAUCAUCAACGUGGCCUCUUCCACCAACCUGCUGACGGACUCCAAGAACGUGCAGCUGGUGCUGGACCCCUCCCUGCAGCUGCUGAGCCGUAGGCAGCGGAAGCUGAUCCGCCAGAACCCCGGCGUCCUGCACAGCGUCAGCAGCGGCCUGCAGAGCGCCAUCCAGGAGUGCAAGUGGCAGUUCCGCAACCGCCGCUGGAACUGCCCCACCACCCAGGGGCCCCACAUCUUCGGCAAGAUCGUCAACCGGGGUGAGGCUGCCGGGGGCUCCCGGCGGGGGCAGGGCUCGGAGCGGGGGCGCCCGGCAGUGAUCGUGGCCAAGAGGAGGGGGAAACUGAGGCAGAGCAGGUGCCAGGCCCUGGCACACCCAGGAAGGGGCUCCGGGUGCCACGCGGCCCCCUCCUACCACGUGUUGAGGGCCCCGCCCCCGCGUGCCAUGCCUCGUGGGUCACGUGCCCCCCCAUGCAUUGUCCCCCCCCCAUCCCCGUGGGUCACACAAUUGGCCAGAACGGUCUUCUCGGAGAUGCGGCAGGAGUGCAAGUGCCACGGCAUGUCGGGCUCCUGCACCGUCAAGACCUGCUGGAUGCGGCUCCCUACCUUCCGCACGGUGGGCGACUUCCUCAAGGACCGGUUCGACGGCGCCUCCCGCGUCAUCUACGGCAACAAGGGCAGCAACCGGGCCUCACGUGUGGAGGGGCCCCACCUGGAGCCCGAGAACCCGGCCCACAAGCCCCCCUCCUUGCACGACCUCGUCUACUUCGAGAAGUCGCCCAACUUCUGCACCUACAGCGGCAAGACGGGCAUGGCGGGCACGGCUGGGCGCUUCUGCAACAGCUCCUCCCCCGCCCUGGACGGCUGCGAGCUGCUGUGCUGCGGGCGGGGCUACCGCACGCGGACCCAGCGCGUCACCGAGCGCUGCAACUGCACCUUCCACUGGUGCUGCCACGUCAGCUGCUUGAACUGCACCAACACACAAGUGUUGCACGAGUGCUUGUGAGCCGGGGCCAGGCGGGAGGAGGGGGACAGAGGCAAAGACCUUCCCUGGGGGGGGAUCAAAAUCAGGGCCCCACCCCCAUCCCGCCUAGCAAGGGCACCGCACCCAAGCAGCCGCCGCAAGCCGGAUUCUGCAGCCCCGUGACCCGGAGCCGCUGCUCUCAGUGGCAGACCCGGCCCCCGAGAAAGGCGAGGGCCUGGCAGACGAGGGGAGGGGCCGUCCUCUCCAGACCUCUCCAAACUCUUCCAGGCCAGGACACCUGCAGGGGCGUCAGCGAUCACCCAGCGGUGACCCAAAGGGCCCUGUGGCAGCCCCCUCCCUGCCACCCCGCAGGGUCUAUCCCUGGGCGCAUUUGGGCGAAAAGGCCUGGAUCAGCAGCCUGGAUCCCUCUCCCUGCCCCGCGUCCCGUGCCAACGCCCCUUGCGGGAGGUGGGGGUGGGUCUCCACAGCCCAGCGCUGGCCUCUGUGCCGAGCCCCGGCCUGGGACCCCCACCCCACCUCCCCGCUGCUCAGUCACUCCCCGCCUCGGGCAGGAUUCGUCCAUCCGAUGCGACUAGCCUCCCCCCGCCGCUGGGCUGGCCAGGUCCAUGCCGCUCGUUAGCUUCUGGACUUGGCGCAUUGUGCCAGGAGCAGGGUAGAAAACGCUGGCCGGGCACCGUUCGCUGGGCUGACGCGCGCGGUUGGGAGUUUGGUAUGUAACGUGCACUGAAGAAGUGGUCGGAAUCGCCAGUUUUGUUUUGUAAAUAAAAUAUUUAUUGUGAAUGGUUUUAUACCCCUUAGUGCCGGCCUGGCCUUGCCAACCGGUGGGUCUCCUAGACAAUCCCUCUCCUCUGCCUUCGACAAAGAUUCCCCCCCUGGCCUUUUUGUUUCUAAUUCAAAGAAGAAGAAGAAUGCUUUGUCACGGAUCUCAUUCAUAGUGGGCUAGAGACAAAUAAAGGAUCUAUUUUUAUCAA